CUCAAAUAAGUACUCGUUCAUUGAAAUUGUUUAAUUUGGGAAACAACCACUUGCACGGUCCAAUCCCAAGUUCAAUUUUCAAACAAGAGAACCUGGAAGCCCUUGCUCUUGCAUCCAACAAUAAAUUAACAGGUGAAAUUUCUUCUUCUAUUUGCAAGCUUAAAUUCCUUCGACUCCUUGAUUUGUCCAACAACAAUUUGAGUGGUUUUAUACCACAAUGUUUAGGGAACUUUAGCAACUCUCUCUUAAUUUUGAAUCUUGGCAUGAAUAAUCUUCAAGGCACUAUCUUUUCACCAUUUUCAAAAGGGAAUAACUUGGGAUAUCUCAACCUAAAUGGCAAUGAAUUGGAAGGGAAAAUACCAUUGUCUAUCAUCAACUGUACAAUGCUGGAAAUUCUUGAUCUUGGCAACAAUAAGAUUGAGGAUACAUUCCCCUAUUUCCUUGAAAUGCUUCCAGAGCUGCAUGUUCUUGUCCUAAAGUCCAAUAAGCUCCAGGGUUUUGUGAAUGGUCCGAUUGCUAAUAAUUCCUUCUCCAAAUUACGGAUUUUCGAUAUCUCCAGCAAUAAUUUGAGUGGAUCAUUGCCAACAGGGUAUUUCAAUAGUCUUGAAGCAAUGAUGAUCUCUGAUCAAAAUUCAUUUUACAUGAUGGCAAGAAAUUACUCUGACUAUGCCUAUUCCAUAAAAGUGACAUGGAAAGGGUUUGAUAUUGAGUUCGCGAGAAUCCAAAGCGCUCUUAGAAUACUCGAUUUUUCAAACAACAAUUUCAUCGGAGAGAUUUCAAAGGUGAUCGGAAAGCUUAAAGCACUUCAACAACUCAACCUCUCUCAUAAUUCCCUUACAGGCCAUAUUCAAUCAUCAUUAGGAAUGUUGACCUAUCUGGAAUCAUUAGAUCUGUCUUCGAAUUUGCUUACUGGAAGGAUUCCAGUACAGUUGGCAGAUCUAACAUUUCUUGGAGUCUUAAACCUUUCACAUAACCAUCUUGAGGGGCCCAUGCCCAUUGGAAAGCAGUUCAACACGUUUAAUGCAAGCUCAUUUGAAGGAAACUUGGGUUUAUGUGGAUUUCCAAUGCCAAAAGAAUGCAAUAGUGACGAGGCACCACCAUUGCAGCCAUCAAACUUUCACGAUGGAGAUGAUUCAGCAUUCUUUGGAGAUGGAUUUGGAUGGAAAGCUGUGGCAAUAGGGUAUGGAAGUGGGUUUGUGUUUGGAGUCACAGUGGGAUACGUUGUGUUUAGGACAAGAAAACCAGCAUGGUUUAUGAAAGUGGUUGAAGAUCUAUGGAAUCUGAAGACAAGAAGAACGAAGAAGAAUGCUCGUAGAAAUGGUGCAAGAAGAAACUAAACAACGCAGCUAGUAACAUGAAUAAAGUUUCGAAUAAACAUCCUCGCUACCUUAUGAGAUACCAAGCAGAGUUGACAUGAGAAGAACGCUAGAGUGGCAGAUUCAGAGAACUGGAUUCCUCUUUCGUACUUCUUCUGUUUUCGUUCAUGGUUGAGUUUUAUUUUAUUUUAUUUUCAUUAGUUUUAUUCGAUACAUGGAAUAUUUUCGAGUCACUUAAUAUGCGUGUUUUUUUUUUUUUUGGUUAGUUUUGAUGCAAGGUUUGGGUGUUACGUCUAUAAAAAAAAGAACCAAUGCAUGCAGCAGUUGUUACAUCUUUACUUCAUCACCCUUUCUUAGUGUAUCCACACCAUUUAUUUAUUUAGGAGUGCGCUUUUUAUGUGAAGUACAUUUCGCCGUGAAGAGAUUGGUUGCUUUAA